GCAUUUUAUUCCUUCAAACGGCUGGUAAGCUGUAAAGUACCCAUUGCACAGCAUUUGAAAGGAAGGUAAUAUGUGCUGAUACGGAGCAGGGAGGGUGGCUAGCAAUGCAUUAAAUUCACUGAUUGCAGCUUCGCCCAGGGAAAAAGCAGGGGCGGAGCCAUGUAUUCAUAGACAACUCUAUGGUUUUCAGCUGAGAGCAAUUGGAUUGGUGCAGAAAAAAUGUGUCUCCUCUGGCCAGCCGUAGCUGUCGGAUGAUUGUUCUGCCCUGGUCAUAGUUCAUCUUCUGACGCAGAAGGAAGUUUGCAGGGAUUAUGGCUUCUUCCAAGCCUUUGGCCAGGUUCUGGGAAUGGGGCAGAAACAUCAUCUGCGUGGGGAGGAAUUAUGCAGAGCAUGCCAAGGAGCUGAAAAAUGCUCUCCCUAGCGAGCCCCUGUUUUUCCUGAAGCCUUCCUCAGCCUAUGUCCGGGAAGGAGACCCCAUUAUCAAGCCUUACUACUGCAACAGUCUGCACCACGAGGUGGAGCUGGGAGUGGUGAUUGGGAAGAAAGCCCAUGCUGUCUCCCAGGAGGCUGCUAUGGGCUACGUGGCAGGUUAUGCCCUGUGCUUGGACAUGACAGCCAGGGACACCCAAGCUGAGUGCAAGAAAAAGGGUCUUCCCUGGACCUUAGCCAAAGGCUUCAAUACAUCGUGUCCGGUUAGUGAUUUUGUGCCCAAGGAAAAGAUACCAGACCCACACAAGCUGCAGAUCUGGCUCAAGGUAAAUGGUGAGCUGAGGCAAGAAGGGGAAACCUCUUCUAUGAUUUUCUCUAUCCCCUACAUCAUCAGUUAUAUCAGUGAAAUCAUCACACUGGAAGAAGGGGAUCUGAUUUUGACAGGUAGCCCUAAAGGUGUUUCUGCUGUACAGGAGCACGACGAGAUACAUGCUGGAAUAAAUGGCAUCCUCAGUAUGCAGUUUAAGGUGGCACAGCAAUCACGCCAAUCUUGAUGGGGGAAUCUGUCAUUUCUUUUGGGGGAGCGCUCUACAGCUGCCUUUUAAAACAGCCAAAGAAUGAAGAAAUACCUAGAUGUCUGUUCCCCAGCAGCCUAAAAGAAUGUAUCGCCCAAUCCUCUUGGAAACAAUGAAGAAUCAAACGUACUGAGCUAAAUUAGGUUUUGUGAGCCUUCUUAUAAAGGCCCCAGAUAAGGACUACCACUGUUGUGAAGGUCAAGCUUUUCACAUUAUUGAAUGGCACACAGAUCCAGCUAAAAAUAUGUAUAUGGUAGAGAGGCACUCAAGCAAUCUGGUUAAUGUGUUAUAUUUAAAGAAAGCAGCUUUAAAAAGGACAGUUGGGAGUGUGUGAGAGAAAGGGAAUUGUGAUGAAAUGCCAGUUUAGGAAGUACUCUAAUGAAAUUGGUUUAAAUUAAAUGUUCUGUCAUACCGUUUUUGCCCUAAUCCUAAAACUAACGUAGUGCUCCACGCAUAUUGUCUUUAAAAGAAACAUCGAUUUUUGCUAAGGCACGCGGAGGCCCUUAGAAAUAAAUGUCCACAAAUUUAAAAUUGUUUAAGAAAAUCAGCAUUAUUCUCACCACUUUUUUUACUGCCCAUUAAUUUUUUGGUGGGGCAAAGUGACAUUAUCGGCACAUGAAAUUUGGUCUUGUUAAAGGAAAAAAUCACUGUGGUAUACCGCACCACAGGUGCAUGUUUGCUUCUUUUAUGUGACUGUCAUUAAAAGCAAAUUGUUUUUGAAAGGAGGUUAAAAAAUUAAAGGAUAGCUGGCAUACACAAUAUACAGUAUAUUUUUAGCUAGUCUGGUAAUUAACUUGGAAUUAUAUGACCUCAAAAUCAUGCACGUGAUUGCCAGGAGGUCUCCUUAACUGCAGCACUGCAUAAGCCUUCUGGUGGCUGAUUAACAAGUUUUGAGGAGAAAGCUGGGUGCUCCUAAUUCAGAGGUGAAUGCUGCAUCCGUACAAGUCAUUGGGCAGCCAGAAGGGGAAAGGCAUUUUAUAAAACACAGCCAACUAUAAAAUGGUGAUAAACAAGGCUCUUUCACCUUUGCUAAGUGCUUUCAUUUAAUAUUUACUGAAAUUAGAAAAAUUUAAAAUUAUACCAUUACUUCCAGCAAACUGUGGCUUUAAAGAGAAUUACUUGAUCCAGGUAUUAGUACAAAACAAAACAGCUUUAGGGAAAUUUUCAGCAGUUGGGAUCCAAUUGCCACAUAAGCAAAGUGUCUUGUUCAAUAGAAAAUCCCCUUGAUACUCUCAGCAUUGAAAGUUCACAGCUUCUGCAGAAGGCCAACUUAAUGAGAGGAAAGAUCAGCCUGUUCCAGAAGCCCAAACCCCACAAAUAGCUUUCCACUUAACACUGUGCAUAGUGGCAGAAUUUCUAUUAGUUUAUGGUUGGUCACCUGGUACUGGCUUUCCUUAUUUCCAGGUGCUUGGUAAUAUCAAAAUACAGGAAAAAAUAAAAUAGUUUUAUAACUAUAGUUUCCCACGUAAACAAUUCCUGUUAUCGCAGCAAUGUUACAGGUUCAUGAUUGGGGGGAAAAGGUGGCCAGUGCACUCAAGUAUGCAGAAAGAUGUAGUCCACAGACAUUCUAAGAUGUGGUAUAUAUUGUGGAAAAGAUUGAGAUUCCCUAUUUUAAAAAAUCCCUUUUCCUCCUCAAAUAUAGCUGGGCAGCAAAUAGAUGACCUAGGUGACCUAGAAUAGGAGUCACGCGUAACCAAAAGGAAAGGGGACGUGGGCUUAGCAAUGGGUUAACAGCUGGUAAAGCUUUUUGGACAGAGAAUUUUUCAGUGCAAAGGUAUUCUAAUCACAUUUUUUAUGUCUGGGAUGUGCAUCUUGGGCCUUCUGUUCUUCCCUCACAGACAUCCGUUCCUCAAGUAAGAGAGAGCUGUUCAUAGCAUGCUUUGGGCUCUAUCUUCCCAUACAUUGUAGGAUCUCAUCUAUACUACAAAUAGAAUUGUACUGAGGGCCUGAUUGCAACCACGGUUAUCCUCUAAUACAGUUAAACUAUGGUUCCAUUUUAAAGCAGACAGUCAUGUUUGGAAUCAUUUCGUCAGCUUUGGACUGUGGUCCCUUCUAAGUUCAUGUCAAGCUGACUAAUUUCUGUGGGGAAAAAACACCUCCAUGUCAGAAGCACCCCAUUCUGAUGGAAUCUGCGGACAAGCUCGGUGCAGUGUCAUUCUUAAGAAGUCUGAUUGCCAUAUGUAGACAUUGAGCUGGAGAGUCUACACAACUCCAUUGUGGAGAAGCAGGAAGCACAGAAGGUCUAUUGUGACAGCUCUUAACCUUUCCAGAGUACUGUAACUCUUUCAGGAGUCUGAUUUGUCUUGUCCCCCCCAAAAGUUUCACCUCACUUAAAAACUACAUACUUACAAAAUCAAACAUAAAAAUACAAAAAUGUCACAGUGCACUAUUACUGAAAAAUUGCUUACUUUCUCAUUUUUACCAUAUAAUUAUAAAAUAAAUCAAUUGGAAUAUAAAUAUUGUACUUACAUUUCAGUGUAUAGUCUAUAGAGCAGUAUAAAGAAGUCGUAUGAAAUUUCUACUGACUUCGCUAGUGCUUUUUAUGUAGCUUGUUGUAAAACUAGGCAAAUAUCUAGAUGAGCUGAUGUACCCCCUGGAAGACCUCUGUGUACCCAUAGGGGUACAUGUACCCCUGGUUGAGAACCACUGGUCUAUUGUGUUUUGUAAUUUAGAAUUACAGGAAUUUUCCCCAAAAAGGAGUGGUUAUUCUCUUUGGCUAGAGAACACAGAAUUUCAGUGAGCCAGCAGUCACAGAAGAUCAUUUUUGGCUAGAGAGAAUUUUGUUUUUAUUGCAUUGUGAUCGCUAUUCUCCCAUGCUAUACAAGAUCACAGAUCAUAUCUACUGCAAUAAUUCAAGAAUUAUACUUUUAGAAUUUCUUUCCUAUGGGGUAUAUUGUAAUAAAAACAUGUGGGCAGUUUAGAUUAAAUAACUGUUUGUUAUCCCUUUGAGCAUUUUUCAGAAUUUAUUAUAAACUGAAUGAAAAUUGUUUCUCUUUCUGCUUAAGGGGCUUAAUUCAACAGAAAGUGCAUCUAGAUGCCAGACAGAUUUUUUCCUAAAAUGACCCCUAAAUAAGCUUUUCUAAGAUGAAUAAUAUAAAACGGAAAGAUCAAGAAGAUAUAGGCCCAUUUGUAAAGUUCAGUAAUAAACCUGUUUCUCUUUUACCAAUCUAAAUACAUUUAACAAAAUACAAGUAUUGCAUCAAACAUCUUUUUUUUAUAAUAAUGUCAUUUCAAUGCAGUACAACUUUUUUAAAUCCUUCCAGCUGUUAAAAAGCCAAACAAUGUUAUUUUCUUCCUUUUCCUGACAAGCUCUGACUGGCCUCUACAGGAUCUGCUAGUUUGCAUGAAAGCAAGUUCACUCUCAAUCCGGUUCUCAAACUGGGUGACAAAACCAACUGUAAAAAUAAAGAAUUGUAUUUUUUCUGCAAAA